GGGAAUUUGGCUCAGAACCACAAACCCACAACUUCAUCAUGGCGCAAAGAGGUGAGUCUCUGCUCUGCUCCACCACCCAAGGAAGGGUUAAAUGCUGAGGGCCAAACAAGGGAGGUGAUGAUGGAGAUUCGUGACUGGAUCUCCAUCACUGGAUCUCCUGUUUUAAAGGCUCCAUGCAGCCACUCAGGAAGUGGGGGAUUUAACCCUCACUCCUGCAAUGUUUUUCUUGCCCACCCUGGCAGCUGAAAAAAAAGGUUAUGUAGGGAUUUAUUUUGUUUUGUUUUAAUUUAUUUGGUCCUUGGGGCAAAUAGCAGCUCUUUGGAGGGCAACGUCUUUCCCCAGUGCUUUCUAUCCUCUCCACAACCCUGUGAGGCCAUUUAGGCUGGGAGACUGUGACUGGCCCAAGGUCACCCAGUGAGUUUCAUAGCCAGGUAGGGAUUUGAACCCUGGUUUCCCAGGUCCUUGUCUGACUCUCUAAUCACAACACAACACCGGCUCUCUCCUUCAGCAGAACUUCUGAACAGAAUAGAUAGUUUGCAUGCACUGAUAAUCUGUUUUUAAAAGUUGGGUAGGUGGGGCAGGGAGCCAAGGCAACUGCUAUGUGCUUUCAGAAGCUACAGCUGUAACAUUUGGGUAGUCCUUUAGAGGAGAGGAUGGACGUGGGUGGCGCUGUGGGUUAAACCACAGAGCCUAGGACUUGCCGAUCAGAAGGUCGGUGGUUCGAAUCCCUGCGACGCGGUGAGCUCCUGUUGCUUGGUCCCUGCUCCUGCCAACCCAGCAGUUCAAAAGCAUGAAGUGCAAGUAGAUAAAUAGGUACCACUCCGGCGGAAAGGUAAACGGCGUUUCCAUGCACUGCUCUGGUUCGCCAGCAGCGGCUUAGUCAUGCUGGUCACAUGACCUGGAAGCUGUACGCCGUCUCCCUCGGCCGAUAAAGCGAGAUGAGCGCCGCAACCCCAGAGUCGGCCACGACUGGACCUAAUGGUCAGGGGUCUCUUUACCUUUAUCUUUAGAGGAGAGGAGAGACAGACAGAUGCCAGCAGCAUCCUGAGAAAGCUCACCCUCGGUACUGCUAAACAGAUGGACUUUGCUGUCACCUGCUGGCAAAAGGAUUAAGUAACAUUUGAGGCUACAGUACAGUCCUCAUUCCAGUUAAGUAGGACUUCAUAGAAACAUAGACUUGUAGAAUUCGAAGGGACUAUGAGGGUCAUCUAAUCCAACCAGCAGCAAAGCAGGAAUCUUUUGCCGAAUGUGGGGCUCGAACCCACGAGACUGAGAUUCAGAGUCACAUGCUCCACCAAUUUGGCUAUCCUUGUUUCAUUUGGAAAUAUUCGUUAAUUUUCUCAUAGACGUUCCUUUUGCCUGCUGCCACCUCUGCAUUUAAGCUCUUCAUGCCUUCUUGUCUUUAUGGCUCUCAGGAUGCAUAAUCUGGUUCCUUUUCUGCUCAUUGCUCUGUGUUUCCUUCUUCAAACGGCCUCCUUGCUGGUUUGUGUCUGUUGCUUCGAUGAAAGUUAUUUUCCUGCAAUACAGUGGUACCUUAGUUCUCAGUACUCAAACAAGUUGGAACCCAAACACUGCAAACCCAGAAGUAAGUGUUCUGAUUUGCUAAAUUUUUGGAAGUCGAAUGUGCUCCGUUUUGAGUGCCACACUUCUGUUUAGAGUGUUACGCUGGGUCUGUCUGGUUUUGCUAUUUAUUUUGCAUUUUUGUUUUUGCGGCUCUUUUUGUGUGUGACAGUGUGGAACCCAGUUCAGCUACUGAUUGAUUGAUUGAUUGAUUGACUGCAGAACAUUGUUUAUUGCUUUCAUUUUAUGGAUCAAUGGUCUCGUUAGUAAAAUUCAUGUUAAAUUGCUGUUUUAGGGGCUGUUUUUCAAAGUGUGGAAUGGAUUAAUCCAUUUAGCAUUACUUUCUAUGGGAAAGCACACCUUGGUUUUGGAACGCUUUGGUUUUGGAACAGACUUCCAGAACGGAUUAAGUUUGAGAACCAAGGUGCCACUGUAUGUUAUUGUUGCUUUUCAUGUCCAAAUAAAAAUAAAAUAUUUAUAUACUCUUUACUAGAACAAAAGGCCUCUAAGCUGUAAAAAUAAACAGUCUAAAGCAGUCAUUAAAAAAAUAGUUACAUAAAAAAAAACUAAUUCCUUUCAGUUGCCAUGAUGUUGUGCCAAGUAUUUUCAUGCCUGUUCCUGCUGGGCCUCAGUUCCGCCUCUGAGGAAGAUGUUCUGGUGAUCACAAGCAGCGGUCCCAUCCGUGGCAAACGCCUCAUGACAGAUUCUGGCGCGGUGACAGCUUUCUUGGGAAUCCCCUAUGCUGAACCUCCUGUGGGGAAGCUGCGUUUUCAAAAAACCCGUCCUCACCAGCCUUGGAACCACACCCUGAGCGCCACCAGCUUUGGCAAUACCUGCCACCAAGGGGGUAUAGAACUUCCCGGCUAUCGUGCGAAACAAAACUCGGAAUCCACCCUCUCUGAAGACUGCCUCUUCCUCAAUGUCUGGGUGCCUCAUCCCCGACCCUCUGCGCCAGCUCCUGCCUUCGUCUGGAUCCAUGGAGGGGGUUUUCUCAACGGGUCUGGCUCCGUCGAUAGGAGCUUCCUAGCUGCCACUGAGAAUAUCAUCGUGGCUUCUAUGAACUACCGCCUAGGUGCCUUGGGAUUCCUCUCGCUACCCCCAGAGGCUCCGGGGAACGCUGGUUUGUGGGACCAACACCUGGCGUUGAGUUGGCUGAGGGAAAACAUGGCCGCCUUUGGAGGGGAUCCAACCCGGCUCACCCUGGGCGGUCAGAGUGCCGGGGCCGCCUCGGUUGGUUUCCACCUUCUCUCGCCGGCGAGUCAGGCUCUAUUUGACCAGGCCACUUUACAAAGCGGUGCCGCCAUUUCCUCCUGGGCUUGGGUGAGGCCUGAGGAGGCUGCGAACAGAGGGCGAACCCUGGGCCGGAUUUUGGGCUGCGCCGAGGGUGAUGACAGGGCUGUGGUGCGAUGCCUGCAGAAGAAAGACCCAGGGGAGAUGAUGAAGGACUUGCCUAUCCUCAGUCAUAAAACUUUGUUGGGUUUGCCUUUCGUGCCCACGACCGAUGGGGAAUUCCUUCCGGAUGCCCCUUCUAAACUUCUGGAAGCUGGGCAAUUCUUGGACAAACCCAUCCUGACCGGCUUCACCCGUGAUGAAGGCACCAUCUUCCUCGCAGGAAAUGCCCCUGGUUUCAGCCUAUACAACGACAGCCUGAUUAACUACGAGCAACUCUUGGAGGGCCUCCGUUUGAUGGUCCCAGAGGCACCUGAGGUGAUCAUCAAAGCCGCAGCAACCAUCUACAGUCAGGAGGAGCAGGGGGAAGAACGAUAUCGAAACGCCUUGAUCAAAGCUUCUGGAGACUACUUUUUCUUGUGCCCUGUGGCUGUGGUGGCCACCCGUGUGGCAGAAGCCCAAAGCCUGGCAUUUGCCUACUCCUUCACUCACCAGCCCUCCUUUGUAACCGUCUCCGACUGGGUUGGAGUGCCCCAUUGCGCUGAGCUGCCCUUUCUGUUUGGUGACCCACUGUCUACGUCGGGAUACACAGACGCUGAGAGGACUCUGAGCCAAAGGGUUAUGAGCUACUGGGGACAGUUUAUAAGGACCGGGUAAGUGAUCCCUCCAGUCUUUAGCACCACCAACAGAAGAGGUGGUCCUUGUUCUCUUUGAAUACCAAGCUCGCCAUUUGGGCACUCUUCCUCUUCCCCAUUUUGAGAACAAGACUUCGUACGUACUGAACAUUCAAAGCACCCCCCCACAAGGAAUCCUGGGAACCGCAGAUUACUCUUCACUUAAGCUACAGUUCUCAGCGCCCUGAACAAACUAGAGUUCCCAGGAUUCUUUGGGGUUGGGGAGGAGAUGUGCUCUAAAUGUAGAGUGUGCAUGCAGCCCAAAUUUCUUGGCUUUGCUUACCAUAAUCAGUGAUGGCCUGAAUUGGCAGAACAGCAACAAUCUUUGCUUUCCCCUCCCCACAUUUUAUACGCCACUUUUCCAGGCAAAGCUUACCCAAAGUGGCUUACAACAGUAAAGAAGUGGGGCGGGGGGGAAUCAACAUUUCUUCUAAAAACAGAAAAUAAGGAGGAAGGAAGGGUCAUUGUUUUAUUUACGUAUUUUUGAAAAGCUCUGGACUUACUAUUGUGAGUUGUUGUAUUGAGAGUAUCGCCGGAUCGUAAACGGGUUUGUUAUGUUCUUUGAAACAUCCGAUGUUAUCUUAUCAAGGCCAGGAAAAGCAAACUGGCAAAAAGUUAAACAUGACCUUGCUUUUGAGCAGCAGUGCAUGUUGAUUUAGAUGGUGGCGUUCAGUUUCUUUGGAGUGAAGGUCAGCAGCGACUGUGGCGUUUUUAGGAUAAACCUAUACAACCCGAGCACAAGAUGGAGGGGCUUGCAGCAUUCACCCCUCAAAAGAUCAUGCUUCUCCAUUCUUCGCAGGCACAGAGCAAACACGACUUGGUGGUGGACCCUAGAAACAUAUAAAAAACGCUGUGAAAAUACCUUUUUUAAAAGGCGUCUUGAAAAAUAUAUGGCAUUUGCCUAAAGCUCACCAUUGCCAUCUAGUGGCACAUUUGUAUAAUGUGCUUAAAACGCACUUAAAACGUUAUAUUUGCAGCUGUGUAGCUGAGUCCUGUGUCUACAGCUUCCAGCCUGUUUCCAACCUCCUCAAACACAGCUCUGGCUACCGUCGUCCUACCCGGCAGCUGAGUGACAGGGGGUUGAGGAAACACCCGCCCAUUUGCACUUUGUCACAGAGCAACUUCCAUGGUUGUGCUGAUUGUGGCGCUUAACUAGUGGAAUUUUAUUACAUUUCUGCACUUGAUUUUUAUCUCAUUCUUAUUCCUUUUACUGAUUGGCGACGUUUGCUUCCCCUCACAGGUCUCCUGAUGAUGGAGCAUGGCCUGUCUACACAGGAGAGAAUUUCUUCCGCAUUACCACAGAGCCAGCUCAAGCCGAGGAGGUGUCACCCACCCAUUACUGUGGCUUCUGGGUGUGGCUAGCCAUGGAAGGAUUUAAGGGUCAGGAAGAGCAGGGUUUCGGGCCGGCGGGUGGGGGGAGUUGGAAGAUACCACAGCCCAGUCAGAUAACCCUCCUGUCUAAUGUAAUUUGGGAGCAUCUGUCUGUGACACUGCCUUGCCCCGCCCAUGCCAGCCAGUUACUUGAUGGGCACCAGCACACUCCGUGAUAAUGUGACCAAGUGUUGGGUGCAAGUGCUGCUUUGGGGUGCUGUACACAUGGCCUCAUCCAUGAUGAGGGAUGUGGGUGGCGCUGUGGGUUAAACCACAGAGCCUAGGACUUGCUCGUACCCCUUCCAAUCUGCGCCCCAUCCCGAGGGACGAGGGUAGGGUGAGCAAGGAUUACUCACCUCCGUCACUGGUGUUGUGCAAUGCCAGGUCUAUAGGCAACAAAACCGCCACCCUGCGAAAUUUCUUCACCUCGCAGGGGGUUGACCUGGCUUGUGUGACGGAGACCUGGGUGCGCGAAGGGGAAACUGUUACCUUACGAGAGAUGGCACCCCCGGGUUUCUCCGCCCUCCACCAGUCGCGGACUGUGGGCCGGGGGGGAGGGGUGGCAUUAUUAAUCCGGGAAGAUUGCUCUUUCAGGGCUCUACCAUUGCCAUCGAUCCCCGGCAUUGAAUGUGUUGGCCUAGUGUGGGGCUCCGAGGUGAGCUUGGCUGUCUGGCUGGUGUACCGGCCACCUAGCGCUCCAGCAGCCACCCUGUCAGGCCUGCUGGAGGCGGUGGCCGGCUGGGCCUUGGAGUUCCCUAACCUAUUGGUUUUGGGGGACUUCAACAUCCAUGCUGAUGCCACUCCCUCCUCACAGGCUCUGGACCUGGUGUCUUCCAUGGCAACAAUAGGGCUCUCCCAGUUUGUUUCGGGCCCCACACAUCAAGCAGGCCACACGCUGGAUUUGAUAUUUGGCGUCGGUAUAGAUGUGAUCAUGUCUCCUUUGAUGAAGGUGCCAUGGUCUGAUCACUACGCUCUGAAAGCCAGGAUUGAUUUUCCAUCCCCACCCUGCUUAGGUGGAAAGCCAAUUUGGGCUCGCCCGCAGAGGCUGAUGGACCCUGAUAGAUUCCGUCAGGCCUUGCGGGACCUUGCUCCCCCUGGCGACUCAUUGACUGAGCUUGUUGAGGGCUGGAAUAUCCAGCUCCUAGCAGCCAUCGAUGAGAUCGCACCUAGGCGCCCUCUGCGACCCCGCAGAAACCGGGCUCCCUGGUUUACCGAGGAGCUUCGAAAAAUGAAGCAGAACCUCAGACGGCUAGAGCGAGUAUAGUGGGGUGCCCGUGACGGAGCCUCAAGAACAUCUUAUAGGGUUUUUAUGAAAACCUACGAGAUGGCAGUGAAGGCCGCUAAGAAGUCCUACUUCUCGGCCUCCAUUGCCUCUGCUAGCUCUCGCCCGGCGCAAUUAUUUAGUAUAAUUAGGUCUUUAACGUCCCUUGAAGGACAGCCAAAUUUAAAUAACAAUUUGACACACAGCUGUGAGACAUUUGCGAGCUUCUUUGCGGAGAAGGUCCUGUUGCUCCGCCAUGACCUCCCUGCCAAUUUGGAUACAAUAAAGGAACUGGAGGCCCCUCGACUGUCCUCAGGUCCAGUAUUGGACCACUUUGACUGGAUAUCCCCAGCCGAUGUGGACAGACUCCUCUGAGCUGGAAAGCCCACCACCUGUCCUCUUGACCCGUGCCCGUCUUGGCUGAUUAGAGCGUGUCCAGACGAGGUGCGGGCCCCCCUGGGUGAUAUCAUCAAUUUGUCCCUUGGCAAAGGGAUAUUCCCAGGGGAACUGAAGGAGGCAGUGGUGCGCCCGCUCUUAAAGAAAACAUCAUUAGAUCCCUUAGAUCUAUCCAAUUACCGCCUGGUUUCGAAUCUUCCAUUCCUGGGUAAGGUGAUUGAGAGAGCGGUUGCUGAACAGCUUGGUAGGUUUCUGGAUGAAACAUCGGCUCUCAAUCCAUUCCAGUCCGGCUUCCACGCUGGUCAUGGGACCAAGACAGCUCUGGUCGCCCUAACAGAUGAUCUCCGCAGGCAGCUGGAUCGAGGCGGGUCGGGGCUGCUGAUUCUUCUAGACCUGUCAGCAGCCUUCGACAUGGUCGAUCACGAACUCCUGGACCACCACCUUGCCGAUGUGGGGAUCCAGGGCACAGUCCUUCAAUGGCUGCACUCGUUUCUCUCUGGUCGGGGACAGAGGGUGGUGCUUGGGGGGGAAUUGUCAUCGCGCCACUCCUUGGUGUGUGGAGUGCCUCAGGGUGCGAUUCCCCGAUGCUUUUUAACAUCUUUAUGCGCCCCCUCGCCCAGCUUGUCCGGAGUUUUGGGCUGGGUUGCCAUCAGUAUGCCGAUGACACCCAACUCUAUCUGUUGAUGGAUGCCCAUCCUGACUCGGCCCCAGACACACUGACCAGAUGUCUGGAAGCUGUGGCUGGAUGGUUACGUGGGAGCCGGUUGAAGUUAAAUCCUUUGAAGACAGAGGUCCUCUGCCUGGGACGGGGCGAUAUGGGAUUGAGGGGGCAACUCCCAUCUCUUGUGGGGGUGCAAUUAGUGCCAGCAUCGUCCGUUAAGAGUUUGGGUGUAAUCUUUGAUACCUCCCUCUCUAUGGAGGCGCAGAUUACAGCUAUAACAAAGGCGGCAUUUUUUCAUCUCCGCCAGACUAAGCAGUUGGCUCCUUAUCUCUCUCGCCCUGACCUAGCCACUGUGAUCCACGCGACGGUCACCUCCAGACUGGAUUAUUGUAACUCGCUCUACGUGGGGCUGCCCUUGAGACUGACCCAGAAACUCCAGCGGGUGCAGAAUGCCACAGUGAGACUCCUUAUGGGGUCUUCGCUGCGAGAUCACAUUCACCCGGUACUAUACCAGCUGCACUGGCUCCCGGUGGAGUACAGGAUCAGGUUUAAGGUGCUGGUUUUAACCUUUAAAGGCCUAUACGGCCUAGGACCCUCGUACCUACGGGACCGCCUCUCCUGGUAUGUCCCACAGAAGAACUUACGGUCUGCAAAUAAAAACAUCCUGAAGAUCCCAGGCCACAGAGAGGUUAGGCUGGCCUCAACUAGAGCCAGGGCUUUCUCGGCCGCGGCUCCAAUCUGGUGGAACGCUCUGUCACAAGAGACUAGGGCCCUGCGGGACCUGACAUCUUUCCGCAGGGCCUGUAAGACAGAGCUAUUCCACCAGGCCUUUGGUCAGGGCGCAGCCUGACCCCCUCCACUGGCAAUCUGCACAGAAUUUUGCUUAAUGGUUGCCAUCAAUUUGAUUUUAAUUAAUUUUUAUAAUGAAAGGUUUUUAGAAUGUUGGAUUAUUUUGAUUGUUGUUAGCCGCCCUGAGCCCAGCUUCAGCUGGGGAGGGCGGGGUAUAAAUAAAAUUUAUUAUUAUUAUUAUUAUUAUUAUUGCCGAUCAGAAAGUCGGUGGUUCGAAUCCCCGCGAAGGGGUGAGCUCCUGUUGCUCGGUCCCUGCUUCUGCCAACCUAGCAGUUCCAAAGCACGUCAAAGUGCAAGUAGAUAAAUAGGCGGGAAGGUAAACAGCGUUUCUGUGUGCUGCUCUGGUUCGCCAGAAGCGGCUUAGUCAUGCUGGCCACAUGACCCAGAAGCUGUAUGCCGGCUCCCUUGGCCAGUAAAGCAAGAUGAGCGCCGCAACCCCAGAGUCGGUCAUGACUGGACCUAAUGGUCAGGGGUCCCUUUACCUUUACACAUAGCCUCAUCCAUAUGCCACCCCUGUCGUAUUUGCCGAUCUAAAGCGUAUUCUUCUGGAAAAUUUAUAAUCUGUUUUAUGCCGAGGCUGCGCUUCCAAGCACAACAAGUGUUGGUGCUGACCUUUAAAGCCCUCAACGACCUCAGCCCAGCAUACUUGAAGGAGCAUCUCCACCCCCAUCGUUCAGCCCAAACACUGAGGUCCAGUGCCGAGGGCCUUCUGGCGGUUCCCUCAUUGAGAGAAGUGAGGUUACAGGGAACCAGACAGAAGGCCUUCUUGGUAGUGGCGCCCACCCUAUGAAAUGCUAUCCCAGCAGAUGUCAAGGAAAUAAAGAACUAUUUGACUUUUAGAAGACACCUGAAGGCAUCCCUGUUCAGGGAAGUUUUUGAUGGUUGAUGUUUUAUUGUGUUUUUAAUAUUUUUCUGGGAGCCGCCCAGAGUGGCUGGGGCAACCCAGUCAGAUGGGCGUCAUAUAAAUAUCAUUCUCAUUUCUGUCUGCCUGCAUAUGCAGAUGGUGCUUUCUAAGGUCACCUCCUAUUGGGGCAGACUUCCUGACAUUGUAUGUCUAUGUACACAGCCUAAGACAACCCUCUAGUCCUCCAAGCAGAGAGGUCAGAAAUGGGUUUUCACCAGACGCAAGAAGCCUGUUAGUGUUGUUAUGCUUCCAAGGGGAGGGUGUGUGUGUGUCCAUAACUAAGGUGCCACCACAGAAAAGGCUCUCAUUUUCAUCCCCGCAGAAUGAGCAACAUUCAUUGGUGGAGGCACAAGCGGAGCCCGCCCCCUCCUAUCAAUCUCAGGUUGGUAUGGGGAGAGGUGCCCCACAAUUUUCCAUUAGUUUCAGAAUGGCUCUAUAUCAGGAAUAACUGACCCUGCAAUGCAAAUGGGAAUGCAAUUUGCAAUCCCAGCAUUUUUCCUACUGCAGCUUCCUUUACCCAAACAUGCCUUCCUGUUUUCCAGACUCUGAGCUGAUGGAUGAAGAAAGUGACUCUGAUUGGUAAAAGUAUCUGGAAAUGGGUGAUGUAGAUUUCACUUAAAAAUGCAACUAUCCUCGUUCUUCAACUAUCCCGAAUCUCAGCCAAGCAAUGUGGAUUCAUGCAGGUCGAUUUUACUUUGUGUGUGAAUAUCUUGAGGAUCUCACUUUUCAAAGAAAAACGAGAGAGAAAGAAGUGUUUUCAGAUGCAUUCAGUCAUUAACAACAGCUUUAAAAUAUGAUUUCAGCCUUUGCUCUAAGAUUCCACAGCCACAAACAAAUAAAAGAAGCCAACAGCAACUUUUGAGAA